UUAUUCUUCGCUUUGACUCUUCUCAAACUAAGACCGCCUACACCCAAACUUACUAAUAAAACUGCUCAAAAUUCCACCAUAUUCUUUAACCAGAGCAAGAUCCCCCACCAAAAAACCUUAAAACUAUUUCAUUUCUCCUAACAUGAGACCAUCUUCUCUUGAAAUCUUGCCAUGGCUUUUCUCAGCAAAAUACCCUUUUCUAUCAUAGUUCUAGCCCUCUGCCUCUUCUUGUUUUUCUCCCUUUUACAACCCAUUCAUUCACUUUCCACCGUAGCCAUAUCCGAAAACUCGGACCAAACGCUGGUUUGUGCAGUGACACCAUCCCCAUCUGACCGGCAGCUUUCUCACCUUAACUGCACCAGUUUCCCCAGAGGAAUCACCAGUUUCCCCAGAGGAAUCCAAAUUCCUAUGAGUCCACUGAAUUCCUCCAUUUCAGGAAUCGUUGCCGGAAACGGAUUCGUUUGUGCUGUACGAUCACAAACCUCUCCCUCAAUCAUGGGCUGCUGGAGAUUUUCCCCUGCCGCGGUGUACCCCAAGGAAGAAUGGCCCUACAAAAGGAUAUACCACGGUCUGCCCAUCGAUGAUCUGAGUGCAGGAAACUCCCACAUUUGCGGUAUAACCAGUGGCGGCCUCGAGUGUUGGCAAUGGGAGGAAUUCAAUUCCACCAUACCUGAUUUUCAGAACUUCACAUCUUUAGCCGUGGGAGGAGAUUUUGUUUGUGGGUUAUCCGAAUUGGGAAACAUCAAGUGCUUAACUCGACCAGAAAACAACAACAAUAAUACUGUUAAUGGGCAUGAGCCAAGUGGUAACUAUAGUGUGAUUGCAGCAGGCUUUAGGCACGCUUGCGCGAUUUUGGUUGAUAACGGUAGUUUGCAGUGCUGGGGGGACAAGGCAGGGGAGAACCCGCCCGAAGGUGAAUUUACAACAUUGGCCUUGGGGGAGAACAGGAGCUGUGCCAUGAGGCCUAAUGGAACAGUGACUUGCUGGGGAGAAAACAAUUUCGGUUUGCCAGAACGUUUGAGUUCCACUUAUUUCAUUGGGAUCGAGGCGAAACAAAGCGUUUUCUGCGGGAUAAAGUCGUAUGAUUUUUCCCUGCUUUGUUGGGGUAAUGACAUUUUCGAAAAUUUGAAUUUUACCGUGCUAGAUAAUGUGGUUCCGGGUCCAUGUCGUGGCGCGUGUCCGUGUACGCCUUUGCCUGGCUGCGGCUCCUUUUGUAGCCAAGGCCAAAUGAUUUGCGAACCUUGUGCAAGCAAAAGUUCACCGAUACCACCGCCGACCAAAAGUUUACCGAUACCACCGCCGCCAUCCCAGAGAACCACUGGGCAUGGCGGUGGUGGUUGGAACAGGAAAAUGGUGGCUUUCCUGGUGGUCGGAUGUGUUGGGUCUGUGUCGUUACUGGCGGUGUGUUGUUUCUUGUUUUUCCGGUAUUGCAACGUUAGGGGAUGCCGUGUUCACGACUCCGGCCCGUUGGAUAUGGAAGCCAACACCCGUCCUCAACCACCACCAGCAGCAGCACCCGCACCUGUUCUAGAAAAGAAGCUGAGCCACUUGGUUAGCAUGGGAAAUGGGAGUCACUUGGAAGAAUUCCCUCUCCAUUUGCUUCUCAAAGCCACUAACAAUUUUUGGGAUGAUCACAAAACUGGCACGGGCAGCUUUGGGUCAGUCUACCAUGCUAUACUCGAUGAUGGCCGCGAAGUGGCCAUCAAGCGAGCCGAAACAAUGGCCGCCUCCUCCCAAGGAGGCGCCACCAAACGCCAACAGGACGACAAGGACAAUGCGUUUGUAAGCGAGCUCGAAUUCCUAUCGCGCCUCAACCACAAGAACCUUGUCAAGCUAUUAGGGUAUUGCGAAGAAAGCGACGAGCUCAUAUUGGUGUACGAAUACAUGAGAAACGGCACGCUACAUGACCAUCUGCACAAUCUCGAGGGGUCGCCCUUGAUGUCGUGGCCAGCGCGGAUCAAGGUCGCGCUGGACGCAGCCAGAGGGAUCGAGUACCUCCACGUGUAUGCGGUCCCACAGAUCAUCCACCGCGACAUUAAGUCGUCCAACAUAUUGCUAGACGACACGUGGAAUGCCAAGGUGUCUGAUUUCGGACUUUCCUUGAUGAGUCCCCAAGACGAAGUGUCUCACCUCUCGUUACGCGCUGCUGGCACAGUAGGGUACAUGGACCCAGAGUACUACAGGUUGCAACAGUUAACCCCUAAGAGCGAUGUUUAUAGCUUUGGUGUGGUACUGCUGGAGAUAUUAUCGGGAUACAAGGCGAUUCAUCAGAACGAGUAUGGGAUGCCGAGAAAUGUGGUUGAUUUCCUCGCUCCCUACAUAAUUCAAGAAGAAAUCCAUAGGGUGUUGGAUCCCAAAGUGCCGCCUCCAACGCCGUUUGAGAUAGAGGCAGUGGCGUAUGUAGGCUACAUUGCCGUGGAUUGUGUGAUGCCAGAAGGUAGACAUCGACCAACGAUAUCAGAGAUUGUAAAUAGUUUGGAAAGAGCCCUGGCUGCUUGUUCUCCACCUUCGCCGCAGCUGUCUCGGUCCACAACUGGGUCGAUAACGGAGAUUGGAAAUAGCUUGGAAAGAGCCCAGGCUGCUGGUUCACCACCUCCGCCAAGCGGCCCUCCGCCUUCGCCGCAGCUGUGUCGGUCCACAACUGGAUCUUCAACAUGAUCGUGUUCUGGCAUUGCGCGUCAAUGCAGAAACAAUUUGUUCUGUAUUUCUGGAGAUGUGACCGCAUCAUCGGAAGUCUGCGCAACAUUUGUUUUGUAGAGUGUACACUUUUCCAAUUAUUAUUUAAUUCGAUUCAGCCUCAAUAUGUUUAUUGCA